GACCUGCCAGACUGCGGGCCCUGAUAGAAAGGGCCUAGAGAGUGCGAGGGGCCGGAGGGGAAGUGGCCCAGGGACAGUUGGACAAAGGGAGAGCAGGGGGGCUGCCACUAGAUGGUCCCUGGGUUGGGACCCAGAGUACUGGGCAGGCGUGGGUCCCCCCCUUCCCUCUUGUACUGCACCUGGCCAUGUGGUGGCUGAGACAACUUCCAACGAGCCCUUGAGACAAUGGGUUAGACUUUGGGGGCUGUGGUUGGCCACUGAGGCAGGUGCAAGGACUGUUGGUAAUCCCUCCGGAAGGGGGUGAGCAUGGACUAAGGGGCACUGCCAGAGAGCAGUGGCCUGAAGAAGGACACCGUCAAGUGGGGAGCAACGCGGGUCCAGACGCCAAGGGAGGACAAGAGACGGACAGGACACCGCCAGCAGAGCGCGCUUCCCAUAGACUGAGCUAAUUACCAGAGCGCCCAGCGGGAGGCGCCGUGGUGAUGAGCUCCAACCCCGUCACACGUGGUGGAGAAUGCAGGCACAGGCGGUCCGCCCCGAUACUAAGGGCAAGAGCGAGGACUAGACAGAUUGUGCCACAUUGAGAGACUGAGACAAAAUGGUGGAGAAAAGAGACUUCUAUUGGAGGGCCUGGGUGGCUCAGCUCGCCGAGCAGCAGAGGGAGUUGUUCUGGCUGCUGCUGGGGUCGGCACCCAGGCCAAACGAGUUCCAGCCCCAUGGGCGAGAGGCCAGGGCUGGGAACUCUGAACUGCUUCGCCUGUAGGUGACGGGGACGCUACAGGAGGGAGUGUCCCUACUGGGAGGGGGCAGAGAGGCCCCACCCAGAAAAGGCACCCUCUGCUUGUUGGGUCUGAGGGGAGCCGGGGCACCUGAAGAGAGAGUGCCCCUACAGGACUGCCAAGGCCCGGGCCAGCCCAGAAGGAAGGGCCAGGGCCCAAACAAGCAGGAGUAGGGAUGUGGCAGGUGGAAGACCCAGAAAGUGCUUCCACUGCCACAAAGGGGGACAUAUAAGGAGGCACUGCCCCCUGAAGCAGAAAGGGGGAGUGUCUGAGAGAAGGGCUCGGUCUGAGACCCCACCCAGGGAAGGGGUGGUGAAGACCGAGGCCCCUAGAGAGAAAGGGGCUGGGCAGAGAGGCCCCACCAAAAUGAGGGAACCCACAUAGGAGCCAGGAGGGCCAAUGUGGGAACCCAAACAGAAGGAGGAACCCCGUAGGACCAGGGCGGUCCACAAUGGGAACCCAGACCCUAGAGGUGCGGAGCAGGUUGCUCCAGACUGUGGAGGGUCUGCGAGAGGAAAGGGAUGCCCUGUGGGCCCAGCUGUGAGGGAAGCUGGGGUGAUAGGGACCCCCUUCCUUCCCCCCGUGAGCAUUCUUAAGGGGGAGGGGGUGGUGGGGUGGCUGCCCCACCCCCAUGUGAGAGGGGGCUAGAGUAGGCCAGAACGGCUGCAUAGGCCGGCAGCCAAUCAAGGAAGGGCCUACUGAGAGCCAAUCAGGGCCGAGAUUAGAGCCAGCCAAUCAGGGCUAGGCUAGGUACUAUAUAAUGGCUGCCCAGGAGCACAGCAGUCAGUCUGUCCCAGAACUUCAUGGAGGAAGGUUUGUCUCCAGAGCAGGAGACCAGCACCUCAGACUGAGCAGUACUGCACCUGGCCAUGUGGUGGCCGAGACAAAUUGCAACCAGCUCUUGAGACAAGGGGCUAGACUUUGGGGGUUGUGGUUGGCCACUGAGGCAGGUGCAAGGACUGUUGCUAACCUCCCCCGCCGCCGCCCUUCACCCUCAAAAGGGGAUGAGGAUGAAGGACACUGUCAAGCAGGGAGCAACACGGGUCCAGCCACCAACGGAGGACAAGAGAUGGACAGGACACUGCCAGCAGAGGGCGCUCCCCAUGGACUGAGCUAAUUCCCGGAGCGACCAGCGGGAGGUGCUGUGGUGGUGAGUCCCAACCUGGUCACAACCGCCCAGCCCUAUUGUGGGCCCCUGGCUACCCUGCAGACUCUAGUCUGGACCGGAGUGGCCUCCCUCUGAGCGGGAGAGCGAGGGACCCCUACAGGGAACUAGCGGAAGGGGAAAUGGAGCCCCCUGACACUUACAGAAACUCGCUCCCCUCUCUGUGGAGCCGGGUCCUUCCCUCUGCUCCCCAAAUUCCUUCAUCUGAGGCUGGAGCUCUUUCCCUCACACCCACUCCCCAUCCCCCUUUCCCUGGUUUACACCCCCUCCCAUUCCCCCUGUGCCCAGGCAGAGCUCACCCAGCCCCAUAUGAUGCAGAAAGGCCCCUGUGUCAGGGCCACAGCCCCAGCCCCACUGGAGCCUGGAAAGCUCCACUUUUGAGGAGGUGGGAGUGGGACAGAGGCUCAGGGCUAGCUUCACCUCCUGCCCUUUAUUGUCCCCUUGGCCCUUCUAUGGGGUCUCUGGGUGUGAAAGGAAUAGGAACCUCCUUCCCAACUAUCUUCCAGGCCCUGGGAUCUGGCACAGCUUCCCAGAUGGGCGCGUCCUGUACCGGAGCCAUGUCAGGGGGCAGUGGGGACAGGUCACCUCGUCCCAGCAAAGCAAGCAAUGCUGGCUCUCAAAGAGGCUUAGAUGGAAGACCCCAUUCCCUCAUGGAGGGGCUCCCCAGAGACGUCCUCGAACCUGGACUCCUGAGAGCAUUUCUGGCAGGAGACUCCAGCCCCUCGAGCAUGAAGAGAGCAUCGGGUAGUCUCGGUCGCCAGUUCCACUUCCCACAGCAGGGAAAACGAACCCAUCAGCUCCCAGAAUCCCAACUCUUUGACUUCCUUCCGCUCAGCAGUGAGGUUUCUCCAGCCCCCUCACCACACCUGUCAGCCUCUGAAUGUCAGAGUCACCAUUAUGGAAACAGCCUGGUAUUGGAGAGUGCUGGGGAUGGCCUAUGGGAGAGGAUGGCUGGAGGGGUCAUACAGAAGGGGCAGCAGGGUGCAGUGAUGAGAGCAGGGAACAGGUUAUACAGCAGCACUGCCACUGAGUGGUACCGUGAUCCUGGCCAGGUCACUCUCCCAUCUGGUGCCUCACUUUCUCUAUCUUUGAAAUGAGGAUCAUCCUGUCCCACAUGGAGAAAGUGUUUGAUCCUCUGCUCUUGAUUCCCAAAUCCCUGCCCUCCUUGCCCCACACAGGCCUCUGCCCAUGUUAGUGCCUGGGUCACCCUGCAACUGCAAGGUCUCAUGUACAGUCUCCUGCCAGCAAACUGAAACCGCCCCUAGCUCCAGAAUAGGAAUUGCAGUUCCUGUGCGCUGCCCUGAAUGGAGUCUAGACCAUGGGCAUGGGGAAGGCCAACGCUCACCUACAGGUAGAUCAUCAACCUGCUCCUCUGUCCCAGGAGCAGGAAGGCCUCUGGUUCUUGCUCUCUUGGUAGCUGGAGCUGCUAAGUUAGGGGUGCGGUGGGCCAUUGGGCCACCAGUGGUCAGGGCGGAGCAGUGUUUAACCAGUUACCAAUCCAUGAGAGGACCUUAUGAUGGACCUUAUGAUUGUACAGUUGAUUCAAUUGCUUAUUCUUUGGGAUUCAGAACCUCUGUUCUCCCUCAGAGGUGCCAGAACCCUGACUGUCAAAUCUGUCUUUCAGGCUCUGU